CUGGAAGGGGGAACGGUUAGGCUGUGUCUCGCGAUUUUCCUUUUAGCCCUUUUAGCAGAAUGUAAUUAAGAAAGUCGAACUAUAUAAGACUGAAAAGUCUUAUGUAGUGAUGAUGUAAAAUAACUUCGUGUUGCUUCACUUUAUCACUCAUCGCAAUCGCACACACUCAUGCAAUGCUGCGUUUUGGGUAGCUCCAAUUUAUCAAAACGAAAGAAGUCGUCGGAUCAUUAUGUAGGCAUGGGCAACAAUGUAGCAUCCUGGAUGGGCAGGGGUGCAGGCCUCAGCAGCGAAGAGUCAGAAAAUGAGAUGCCGCCUCUUUUCCCAGCUGCAACAUCAAAUCCGGACCACUACAAGGGGUCGGAUUCAGCAAUGACAUAUCAUAGAAACGAGAUGCAUGAGCACCCAGCAGCUAGGUCGGACACGGACAGCACCAUGGCGUCAUCACCUAAAAAUGAAAAUACGCUCGUGCAGCGAAACGCACCAGGAUUGCAACGGGAAGAGAUGUGGGCUUCGUUUGCGUAUUUCUUGUCCCUUUUCAAGAAUGCGUAUGAGUGGUACCAACAAAAAGCAGGAUAUUUGGCCAAUUCGCUGUUGGCCUUCGUGGGACUUUCAAUCGUGGCGAUAAUUUACACCUACCAGCUGGACGAGUCGUUCUGCUUCGCCAUCCGUGCUCUUCACGCAAUCUUCACUUUCUGUUUGCCCGUCAUGUCCAGUUGGAAUUGUUUCGUGAAACAUCUCAGAACAAUAGUACCGGCCACUGGAAAGCAUGAUGGGGAAAGUGAAACCUUAACAAUCAGAAAUGGCUUGGUUUCAGCAGUUGCAGAGAAUGAGUGCGAAAAUUUGGAAGAUGUUCGGACCGAUGAAAACAACUGGCCUGAACAGGUUCAAGUGGAAAGUGAAGCAAGCAGCGGAAAUCAACGUCAGACUGAACCUCCCGUCAAUGAAAUAAUGCCUCCCACGUUGACUUUUUCAGAGAACAAAGUGAUCCAUGAACACCUCGGAGCCAUUCCAGAUUCAAGAUCCCCGACCAUUGAGGCCGAAGACGCUUGUUCCUCGAAACCACCAACCUACUGGAGCCCAACAUCAGAAACAUCUUCACGCUGCUCAAAACAAGAUGACAAUGCCUCCGCUGAACCUUUACUCCCUUUUGUGGCAACUGACAAAAAAGUGGCCACCGAACACCACGGAGCUACGCCGCAGCUUAACCCUACCGAAUUGAGCCAGAUGAAUGGCUGCCAUCCCAAUGACUCAGUCAAUGCAACACUGGAAAAACUACCACUUAGCUUGCCAUCUGCUGACCUGCAAAAUUUGGGAUCGUGGGCUAUUCCCACAAUUGCAAUUUCAAUCCUCGUGAUGAAUUUUGCGUCCGUAAUAUAUUUCAUCUGCUAUAGUCGGGAUGUUAUUAUCAUUUUGAACUUAGUGAAUGAUAUUCUGGGUGUGUAUCCCUGGAUCAAACGCAAGUUAGCUGACAAACUUGCCUCUCUUAGAAAUUUGGUGUCGAACCAUUGUGAAUGGUUAGCAGAUCGAAUUCUCUGGGCCGAAUUGAAACUGUUGGCUUCUGGAGAUGAACCGUCUUUCCAUGUCUCCCAGCAUCUAGUUUUUUCUGACGUGCUCCUUUCUCUUUUGUGCGUUGUUUUCUCGAGUCAAAAUCCUGUUCCAUUUGUUAUCAAUAUUCUCAAUUUUUUCUACAAAUUGGCAAUGCUGGUGUACCGCAUUUUUCCUCAUGAAGAAUACAAAAAAGCCACAACUGAGUAUUGUAGACAGAAUUAUUGGCUGCCCUUAAAGAGUUCAAUUAUGGUAAUUUGGGAAAAUCUGCUGGAGAUGUGGAGCCGGAUUCAUUGGGCUGAUAUAAAGAGCAGGAUCACUUCUCCCUUCAGGAAAUUUUGGGAAUAUGUGCAUGUUCCAACUGAUAGAGAGCGAAAUUUUCUCUCACCAGUGUAAAAAUGUGCUCCAGCCAGAAGAUCGUCAUUUUUUGAUUUGGCGAUUUUAGCGGCUCCCAGAGAGGUUUGAAACGAAAAACAAAAUUUUUAAAAUCAAGUUUUUCAAUUGGAAAUUUUGUUUCAAACAGGAGAAAAUUUAAAGAGUUUGUCUAAUGUAUAUCUCAACCAAAAUAUUUAGAAACGAUCUGACCUUUACAUUAAAUUUUCAAGGAAAUCAGCAGCAAACUUUGCAUGCUAAUCAAGCGGCGACUACUGUUUCCUUAUUUAAAAUCGUGAUUUAUUUCGUGAUGACAGACAUACUUACCUAAAAACUCUCAUCGAUGGAUAGAUGACAAUGAGAGAAAUUGAAAUCAAGCGAAAAAUCUAAUGAAAUUUUCGAGAAAUUUGGCAAACUCUGAAAUUCAAGUGUUACUUAACCCAUUGAAAAGAUGUAUACACAUAACUGUUGAUAGUUAAAGAGUUUGAUUGUAUCGAUUCUUUUGAUAUAUAUGUUUAUAUUUUUAUAAUUUCUCGCGCUAGUUUUCUGUUCCAUGAGUAGAUUGCCAAAUAAUGUCUUAUAGAAAGAGCGAUUGAAUUAAUUUUUUAAUACUUGUUAAAACUAUUUGCAAUUUUCCAAACUGAAUUUUUAAAACUAAUGUGCGAUUCUUCUGGCACGCAAACAAAUUAUCGCGUAGCAUAAUAUUAAAGCUGCAUGCUUUAUUCGAUUUAAAGUGUGUCUUUAAAGUUAAAAUUCGACAUUUUCAAAUACAUUUAAAAUCUUUCUGGCAUAGUGAACAUUCGAUCUUGCUAGUUUGUGAUUGCUGGGAUCAGUGCAUAUGAGAAAUUUUCGCCAUUUUUGGACUGUUGUGAUUGUAACAAUUUGUUUUGGGCUGUGGUAAUAGCUACUUUUAACUCGGAAAAUCAAUGUUUGUGAUUGGAAAACAUUCAAUAAGUUCUUAAACCCAUAAUAUAGGCUCAAAUUAAAACGAGACAGUCUUUUAAUUUUUUCAAAAAGUAAAUUUUAUUAUUUUAGCACUAACCCACUAACUUUUAAAGUUUACAGGGGCUUAUAGCUUUCACUUGGAAAUAUAUACUUAUAAACCGAAAGCUAUAUUCAUUCAAAUUUCUGUAUGUCUCUUGACCAUUAAACUGAGCUCCGUAAAUAAUUUUGGUCCACCUAUGUCUUCCUGGUGUAGCAAUGUGAAUUGAUUGAUUGGACUGCUCCAUUUCAUCUGAAAUACAAAAUAUGUUUAAAAUUCUUGAUAGUAUAUCAUAUGCAGUGGAUUAAUAAAUAAACGCACUGUGGUACUUUUGUAAAAGCAAAUGUCUCAAAGACGGCUAACAAUAUUUUUGGAUGUUGAAUCUUGUAGCAAAAACACUAAUUUGUUGAAGUAGUUUGUAGAAAUAAAAAUGUGAAAAUCCA